CCAUUCAUAUACGCUAUUGCUGGAGCAUGAAUGGCUUAAACGUUAGAUAUAUUCAUAUAUGUAGUCCCGCUCUAUGACGGUAGGUUGAGCCAGCAGCAGCUCGGCGGACACAGGUUGCAGUAGCUCCUUGCUGGAUGAGCGCUGUGAUAGUCUGGUGGUUAAAUAUGGAAUAUUUAUAUGGAGCGAACAGCAAGAACACCGUGCGCACCCGUGAGAAAAAAACAAGGCUGUAGCUGCGCAAAUUACAAAACCAUAUAACCCCGCGGUUAUUUAUGGCUUCUGGCUCUGAGGACGAUGAAGGGAACACGACGGGCGCUUCGUGGAGACUUAUAGGCCCAGCCUCGGAGCUUUCCAAGAAGCCCUGCCGUCUAAUGUACUCCCCUCUCGGCCGCGACAGUGAUGUCUGCCUCUUUUAUGUCAGGGGACAGUUUUUUGCCAUGGAUGCCCGCUGUGCUCACUCCGGGGGUCCUCUGUGUGAGGGGGACAUUGAGGAGGCUGAUGGAGUCCUGCGGGUCUUCUGCCCCUGGCAUGACUAUGGCUAUGAUCUCAGAACUGGGAAGUCUGGGACAUUAUUAGAGCAACAAGUUUAUGAAGUAAAGCUGGUGGAUGGCGACGUGUACGUGAAGCACGCAAGUCAUCUCUCCCUCAGGCUUUUUCCAGCAAGUCAGAAAAACUGAGUUAUCUCCGCGCAGCUGGUUCAUCGUAUUUAUAAGACUUUUUCCACAAGCACAAGUCAUCCGAAAACAUUCCAGAGCCUUAUCGCUGUUGUACUAAGAGUUGUUUUUACUUUGCUGAGAACUCAAGACUAAAAAGACCGUCUUGAAGAGGACAUGACAUCAUGAAGUUGUUUUUCUUGUUGGUAUACCAGGCAAAGUUCAGAGUUCAACACAAGCUGCUAAGAUGAAGAGUUGUGAACUUUAUGUUUUUCUCAAUGGAGAAACAGCAAAUGCAACAAAUACAUUUCUUUUCAAAAGUAUUCAUAUCCUGUUUGUCUAGCCUCACAAACUUCAUUUGUUUAAUUAAGACUUUAUCUGACAAAACAAAUUGUGAGGGGUAAGAAAAAAGAGGAUUUGUUUUCAAUAUUAGUUUCUGUAAAUAAAAUUCUAAAACGUCUCCCGUGUGUUUGUAUUGGCGACCCCGAAGUAUGGAAAAAUAGUGCCACCAAUUGAAAACUACACUGCACAAGACUUUAAACACACCGUCCACCUUCACACUGUGAAAAUAGUGAUGGACGCAUCACGAUGUGGAGGAUACUUUUUAAAUAUUAAGUGAGAAUUUGUGGCAAGAUUGGACAAAAUGCUGCUCACUGUCACUGCAUUCAAUCUGAGUAAGGCUCAAGCUGUUUUGCAUAGACUGGUUAAAAAUGUUUGUAGAUGUGUAAACCUGUUAGAGACAUAGAAAAAGACUUGUGAAUGUGAUUUCACAAAAGGUGGUUCUAAAAAAAACACCUUUUGUCAAUACUGAGUGUAUUGACCAAGAAGUACUUAAUGCAAACGCUUUAAGUACACUGCUCAGAUCUUUUUAUAAAUUAAAAUCUUUUACCCUUUUCUUUUAAUUGCGAAGUGUCAGACUGUCUUGUGUGACAUUGUUUUUUUGUUUGUUUGUUUGUUUGUUUGUUUGUUUUGUUUUGGGGUUUGUUUGUUUUUUGUUUUUUUCAGAAAACGUACAGCUCAUAAUGUGACAAAAUGUGAAAAAGUUAAAAAAGUUAGAUUAUCUUUUUUCCGCGAGGCACCUUGGGUAAUUGAGACUAAAGUGUUUGUCAUAAUAAGUAAAUACACAUUAAUUGUACAAGUUUUCAAAAGCAGCAAAAGAUAUGGAAAAUAUUUUCUGUUUUAAUGUCUUUGAUUUGACAAGUGAUCGUGUACAUUAGUUCAACAUUGCCGUCAAUGCAGACUCCAGUGAAGCAUUUCCAGUUAUGUCAGAUUUAUUAAAGGUUCUUUGCAAUAUCUGCUAAAUUAGAUUGUAAGUUAUUGGGUUUUAAUAUAUUUAAAUUUAACCUAUUAAUAAAAUAUAAAUCUGAAUUCUUCUCACGCACACCAGGGGGCGACACCUCCAGCUGACUUUUUUUUCUUUCUUUUUUUUUUUUACAAUUAUGUGGUUUAAAUUGUUUUUAUUUCUUAUUUGAUCAAAUAACUUAUGAAAACUUCCCAGAUGUUUGUGUGAGCUCUGCUGCUGCUUGGUUAGGUCAGCCUGAUGUCAAAUAAGCUGGUAAUCAGUCCCUUCUUAUAACUUCUUCUUAAGAACUGUUCGCUUAUUCAAACCACAACAAAAGUCAAGAAGUUACAACAUGGUUAGCUAUUUCCUUUUGUUAAGAUCUAAACUAUGUUAUUCUUAUAAGACGUUGUGAUGUUGUUUAAAAUAAAAUAAAAAAAACUGGCUCCAUGUGUGAUCAAGUAGUAAUAAAUUAAGCAUAAUCUUCUCCUAAAGUGUCUAACAUCCCCACAAUGGUCUCAUUAAACCCAAAAUUGUCGUCCUUUCAUCAACAAACUUUACAUGUGGUCUGAAAGUGUUAGACUCACUGUUGAGUUAUGUGGACUAGAGCACGUAUAAACACUUAUUCUGCUCGUCUCACAAUGCAAACAGUGUUGUUACUUGACAAUUUGUGGCCCAACAAAGGAAACAAUGAAAAUGGUGCAACUAGUAGCUGUUUAAUUUGUUAGCAAUUAGCAUAGAUAGAUAGAUAGAUAUGGAUAUGGAUCUCUCUCUCUCUUUCUCUCUCUCUCUCUACAUAUAUAUAUGUAUAUUCCUGGCUUUGUUAAAGGCAAGCUUUUAUUUAUUGACCCAGUAUGAUUUAAGAAGACAGUUCGGUCAGACACAGCAUUGAGGUUCAUGGCCUGAAAUGCACCAUGGGCUCAUAGAAACUAUUUUUUUAUGUCUGUGCACACCAAUGCCAAUGUGUGUUCUUUAUUCCUUAACUGUGAGCCCCAUCAGUCAGUAUAUUUUCUUUCAGCUCAAUUUUCUGGCAAGUGCAUAGCCCAGUCAUAAAGGUGUCAGUGACAGCAUGUCUCAACACUCUGGUUUUCCUCCCCACCGUGCUCCCUGUUGUGCAACUUUAUGACAAUAAUUAUUCUCCUAGCUAAAAAUAUCUGUUCUGUGCACCAGAGGUGUCAGCCUCCUGUGCUAUAAGUCAUCACCUGGAGGGUAAUGAGCUCCAGGGAUGUAGCCAUUCAGUAUGGGUAUGGAGGUCAAAGUAAACUUGGCUCACAGUGAUGCAGGAAUGGUUUCUCCACCUCCACAUGUUGAACUUACAUCCCAUAGGUAAAGGGUUGGACAAGUGCAAUGUAUUUUUUUAUGUGUUCCAUUUAAUGAAUUUUUUGUUAUUAUAUAGAAACAUACUAGAAAUAUUGUAAAAUAUAUGUGUUGAGCUUUGCUCUAUUUCCUAGGUGUGCAUAGAAACACCCCCUGUAUUGCGAGAUGAAAUAUUGAACGAAUUGAAUCAUUUAAUUUUGAAACUUGUAAGUAUAAAUGGGUUAGUGACACUUUACAUAAACCAAAAUUACAAACUUAAAUUGUAAUAAAGAAUGUUUAUGGUCCAGAACUUUAAGUGACAUGGAGCCUAACUAAAAAACAGAGGUGAGUGUGUGCACACCAAAGACUUGGCACUUUGCCUGGAUGAUGUCACUCAGUCCCAGAGGAGGACUGAAGAUGUUCUCUGUGUGACUAAAAUAUGAAACUGAAAGAGAAAUGCACUUUUUGUUUUAUUGUGCUUUGUAUGCAAAUCCCCAGAAUGAAAUGAUUGCUAAAGUACUUGAUGUUUGCCCAGAUUGGUUUUAUUGGUUUGCAGAAGAUAAACUGCAGUA